AUGUCAUAUAUCGAUAGCAAAUUUGUUGACUACACAGACUGUGAUCUAGACUCCUCUAUAUUUUACAGAUCAAUGGAUGAGGAGGAAAACGGUAACAAGAACUAAUUUAUCUUAACCAGAUGGAUUAUCGCAGCUUAUAUUGGAGUACUAGGCUUGAUUGCAUCUUUGUUAAGUAUUUGCCAAUUUAACCAAUUCGUCAAGAUAUCCUCAGUUAAAAAGCUCAUUAGGAGAUCGGCAAGAAGACUUAGAAGAUCUGCUAGGAGAUUACUGAAGGGUAAGAAGGAAUCAAAGAGAAAUAAAUAUGAGAGCAACACUAAAUUCAUUACAGACAAGAUGAUGGGAUACAGCAGCAGCAGUGGUAGCGACAUCAGCUACGAGAGCUCCACAGAGUCUGGUGUCUACAAAAAAUUGGCAGCAUGA